ACAGAGGAAUAAAGAUGAAGAUAUUUUUCUUGUUCACCUUCUCCACUUUUUUGUUGUCUGCUUUUGAACAAGCAGCUGCUUCUGCUCACUAUGACAAGAUUUUAACUCAUAGUCGAAUAAGGGCACGCGACCAAGGCCCAAAUGUCUGUGCCCUUCAACAAGUUAUGGGAACAAAAAAGAAAUAUUUCAGCACCUGCAGAAACUGGUACCAGGGAGCCAUCUGUGGAAAAAAAGCAACUGUCUUAUAUGAGUGCUGUCCUGGCUAUAUGAAGAUGGAUGGUAUGAGAGGAUGUCCUGCAGUUGCUCCUAUUGAUCAUGUGUAUGGUACACUUGGUAUUGUGGGAGCUACCUCCACACAGCAGUAUUCUGACAUAUCAAAGCUGAGACAAGAGAUCGAGGGACGAGGAUCAUUCACUUUCUUUGCACCAAGCAAUGAAGCUUGGGAGCAAUUAGAUGCAGAAAUUCACAGGAAUUUGAUUGACAAUGUCAAUAUUGAACUAUAUAACGCUCUCCAUCACCACAUGGUAAACAAGCGCAUGUUGACAAAAGAUCUAAAGAAUGGCAUGACUCUGGUGUCUAUGUAUAAUGGCCAGAAAUUGCUUAUUAACCAUUAUCCUAAUGGGGUUGUCACUGUUAACUGUGCCAGGGUCAUCCAUGGCAACCAGAUUGCUACCAAUGGUGUUGUACAUGUCAUUGAUCGUGUCCUGACUGCUGUGGGAAAUACCAUUCAAGAUUUCAUUGAAGUUGAGGAUGAUCUUUCAUCUCUUAGAGCUGCUGCCAUCACAUCAGAUGUCUUGGAUCUUCUUGGAAGGCCUGGUCAUUACACACUCUUUGCUCCAACUAAUGAAGCUUUUGAGAGACUUCCAAGGGGAGUCUUAGAAAGGAUCAUGGGUGACAAGGUGGCUUCUGAAGCUCUCGUGAAGUUCCAUGUUUUAAAUACUCUUCAGUGCUCUGAAGCCAUCACAGGUGGAGCUGUCUAUGAAACCUUGGAAGGAAACACAGUUGAAGUUGGUUGUGAUGGUGAAAGUCUGACUGUGAAUGGAGUGAAGAUGGUAAAACGCAAAGAUAUUGUGACCAGCAAUGGUGUUAUUCACCUUAUUGAUGAAGUGCUAAUUCCUGAUUCUGCCAAGCAAGUCAUUGAGCUUGGGGGUGCUCAGCAGACAACUUUUACAGACCUGGUGGCACAGCUAGGAUUGGCAUCUUCUCUAAGACCAGAAGGCCAAUACACUCUCCUGGCACCUCUGAACGGUGCUUUCUCAGAUGACACCUUAAGGAUGGAUGAACGUCUUCUUAAAACAAUCCUGCAGAAUCACAUUAUAAAAGUGAAAAUUGGGCUUAAUGAAUUGUACAAUGGACAAGAGCUGGAGACAAUUGGAGGAAAACUGCUUAGAGUCUUUGUGUAUCGCACAGCUGUAUGUAUUGAAAAUUCAUGCAUGGUCAGAGGAAGCAAAGAAGGAAGGAAUGGUUUUAUUCACGUCUUCAGACAGAUCAUCAAUCCAGCAGAAAAGACAUUACAUGAAAUGCUGAGAAAUGAUAAACGUUUUAGUGUUUUCCUCAGUCUGGUGAAAGCUGCAGAUUUAGAUGAUGUUCUGUCACGGCCUGGAGAAUGGACUCUGUUUGUUCCAACUAAUGAGGCCUUUAAAGGUUUGACUGAUGACGAUAAGGAUAUACUGAUAAGAGACAAAAAUGCUCUCAGGAAUAUUCUUCUUUACCACCUGAUACAAGGAGUUUUCAUUGGAAGUGGUUUUGAGCCAGGUGUGACAAAUAUUCUUAAAACCAUCCAAGGAGGGAAACUCUACUUGAAAACAGUGAAUGAUACUCUUCUGGUUAACGAACUGAAAUCAAGAGAACCUGAUCUCAUGGCAACCAAUGGUGUCAUUCAUGUUAUUGAUAAACUGCUAUACCCAGCAGAUCUGCCUGUUGGAAAUGAUCAGUUGCUCACAAUCCUGAAGAAAUUGAUUAAGUACAUUCAAAUUAAGUUUGUUCGUGACAGUACCUUCAAAGAGAUUCCACUGACGUUUUACAAAAUAAACAUAAUUGAAAGCAACGUCCAACCCAUCAUCAGAAAGGAAGACCCAUCCAUCACACAGCUCACUAAAUUAAUUGAAGGGGAACCUGAAUUCAAAAUAGUCAGGGAAGGGGAGACAAUAACAAAAGUGAUUCAUGGAGAACCAAUUAUUAAAACAUAUACCAAACUCAUUGAUGGGCGACCUGUGGAAGUCACAGAGAAAAAAGUAACAGAAGAAAGAAUUAUUCAAGGUCCUGAAAUAAAAUACACCAGAAUUACUGCAGGAGGUUCAGACAACGAAGAAAAGUUAAAGAAGUUGCUUGAAGAAGAAGCACCUGUACGGAAAGCACAACCAAGCAGGAGGACACAAGGGGGAACAGCAAGAAGGAGGACAAGACUAGUUAAUCCCUAAAUGCUUUCCAAGACAGAAUCCACAGAAGUACAAAUUAAAAGCAUGGUCUUUGAGAGGAAGAUAAACUGUUUCUUAAAAAACCUAGAUCAUUAGAAAAUGACGUUGUUUUGAUAACAUAAUGUAAACUGAACCAUGAAUCCACAAAAAGAUGUGAAGCUGCAGAUACUGACUGCUAACCCAGUGCUCACUAGGAGUAGUCCAUUUUGGGUGCUUUAACUGCUCUUGAUAGUAAGCACUAUACAGGGUAGGAUCCUGGAACUGUUAAGAGCCAUCAAGUUCUGUAGAACCAGGAUUCCUUCUUAUGAUGACUAUUAAGUGUUUGCAGGAUUGGAUUCAAAAAGAGCAGGGAAUAAUACAGAGUGUAUUUUUUUAUUAUUAUUAUUUCCAUUAAAUAAAAAAUAUAAAUGAAAUUAGAGCAUUUCUAGAAAAAAAAAUCCACUUCAGGUGACUUUUAGAGUGAUCUAAAAUAUGAGACGUUAACAUAACACUUCCGGUUCAGUAGUAUUGUAUGCUUUUUAUAAGUCAAAAUUCAUCACGUUUUUAAUGUCAUAAUGACAUCAGUAAUGUUACCUUUUCUAAACAAAUAUGCCUUAUAUUAAAUAUAUCCUCUUUUUUUUGCUCUACAUUGCAUAUCCAAGUGCCUUCUAGCAACGUGGCUGAUGGAAGCUCUUAAAAAGAAACACAACAAAUAUUAUGAGCUUCUUGAAACGUAUUUGAGAUCAACUUCUUUAUUUAUAAGAAAAAUCAUUCCCAUUAAAGGAAAA